AUGUCGACUUCGAAUCAGAGGUUGAUCACGGUGUUCGGGGCGACUGGAAGCCAGGGUGGGUCUCUGAUAAAAGCUUUGCUCGAGGAUGGGACCUUUUCUGUUCGAGGUGUAACCAGAAAUGCAGAUGGCGAUGCGGCUUUGAAACUAAAGAAGAUGGGUGUAGAGGUACUGUACGCUGACUAUGACGACCCACUGACCUUGGAUAGAGUGAUUGCAGGGAGCUAUGGAGUAUACGUGGUGACAGGUGCUUACAUUGAAAAGUUUUACGAAGACAAGGAGUUAGCUAGAGGGCUCUGUUUGGUUGAAGCCGCCAUUCGGGCAGGGGUGGAGCACUUCGUAUACAGUGGUCUACCGUCCUGCAAGGAGGUUACUGGUCAGAGUUGUCCAGAGUUUGAGGGCAAGUCCAAGGUCGAAGAAUUCAUAUUCGCAUCGGGGCUACCCUCCACUAGCCUAAGGCAACCGGUUUCCAUGGAGAAUAUACUCAUUGAUUUCAUCCCUCUGCUUCAAGAGGAUGGGACAUUUGUUUGGAAUAUCCCAAUGGAGGGUAGACCCUUGCCUAUGUUGAACCCAGCUGAUGACGGUCGUGCCAUCUUGAAAGUAUUCAAGAACCCCAAGAAGUAUAUUGGUCGUCGAAUUGGGCUUGCGGGGGACUUCAAAACAAUCGAAGAGUAUGCAGCUAUUGCAUCCAGACAUGUUUCUCCUUACGUCAUCAAAGCUACAAAGAUGACUGCCAAUGAAUUCAAAAAGUUAGCUUCGCCCCGAGCCGACGAUCUUGGGACGAUGUUUGAGUUCCUUCAAAUGGAUGCAUCAGCCUACAGUCUAACCGAUACUCAAAAACUCGAUCCCGACAUCAUGGAUUUCGACUCUUUCAUGCGACUAAAUGCCCCCGACCUGAAAGAAAAACUUAAAUACCAGAAUGACGCUAAGAUUAUACAAAAAGAUCAUUUAUCUUGCAUUGGAUUUCAGUCUGCAAACUAAGCCUUCAUUUACAUUACAUUAUUUUCUUAUACGUGGGGCAACAAAACAGUUGUUUGAUGUUAGAUUAUGUGUUUUGUAUUUUUCUUAUUAUCCCUUGAUUUCGCUUAUUACGAUUUCGUAAUACUUACCAAAGAUAAUUAAUUAUCAAACUUGUAAUUUUCUUUGCCAAACAUGAUGUAUUAAGUACUUAAACAAGUAAGUAGGUAAGUAGGUAAGUAACUUAAUAAAUUAAACCCCAUUCCACAGAGAACAAGACCGCUGAAAGACCUUUGAAAGGCCAUGAAUUCUGGUUGAUCUUUCAGAGGUCUCUCAAUGAACCUACAAUGGUCUUUGAGGUCUUACACGAGUCCUGAUCAAUCUUUCAGUGGUCUUCGUGGUCUUCAUGGGCUCCAAAACUUUUUGAAACGGUUCAAAACAGUCUUACAACGGUCUUACAGGAAAAUGGUCUUUCAGUGGUCUUUCAGCGGUCUUUCAGCGAUCUUUCGAUGAACUUUCAAAGGUCUUUAUAGUCUUUCCAUGAUCUUUCGGCAGACUAGAUCAUUGAAAGAUCAUUCAAAGAUCAUUGAAAGACCAGGCAAAGUCCAUGGAAAGAAUUCUGAAAGAUCACUUGUUGCAUAAAAGAACUCUGAAAGACCAUUGAAAGAUCUCUAUAGGACUACUAGUCUAAGACCAGUAAGACAAGAAAUAUCCAUCAGUCUUUCAGAGUUCUUUGAGGGGUCUUUCUGAGCCAUUCCACAGAGAUGACAAAUUUCAGUGAUCUUGAAGACCGCUGUAAGACCUCACCAAUUUAAAUCUUUCAGUGGUCUUUCAUUGGUCUCCGUUCUGUGGAAUGGGGGCCUUAAAUAAAUAAGUAACUGAUUACGUAAGUAAGCAAUCCCUUGGUGCACUCCGUAUAUAUUUGAUUACUUACCAAAGAUAACUGAUUAUCAAUAAUGUUAUUUUCUUUCAUUGUAAAAGUGCUAUAAGUAAAUGAGUGAUGUAACUUCUAAAUGAGUAAGUAAGUAAGUCAAUUAGGUCAGCAAGGAAACAAGUGAGUAAGUAAUUAAGUAAGCAAAAGAGUUUGUAAGUAAAUCACUAAGUUAAUAAGCAUAUCAGCAAGAAAAAUGGUAAUAACACAAGUGUGAGUGAGUUUAUGAUAAAAAAUAAAUAAACACAUAAAUGAAUAAGUAUUGAUAAAUGAAUGAAUUAAUAAGUAAAUAAAAAAAAGAACAAAGGGCGAAUGGGAAAUUGAUUUUAAAGAUAUAUAUGAAGAACGUUAGCGCCACGGCAAAAAUUGUUAAAUGAAAUGCGAGAUUCAUUAUAAAGGUUUUUACUUAAGAACCGUUUAGCAUGCAAAUAAACUCAAUUGCAAUGUUCUGUUGAUUCUAAUUGUGAACUGUAAAAAUCAGAUUAUAAAACAGCUUUAGAAAUUAUACACAACAAAGGUCUCACAUUGAGUCUGUCCUUUAUUUAAUAAAUCAAUACAAAGUAAUAUCACAAGUUCUUACAGAGGAAGGAUUUUUUAAACAACUUUCAAUUUUAAUUUUAAAUGUUGUAUUUACUUGAAGGGGCCUAUUUACCUCGGAUACUUUUAUUAAAUUGUCGAUGUUGGGUUUGAUAGAAACUAUUUAAGUAUUUGGUUUGUAAUAUUAUUUAGAAUUUUUUGUAGUAAGGAUAAUUAGACACUAAAUCGAAUUGCAUAAAAAGUACAUAAAUAUAUCAAAGUGGAUCACAAAAAGGCGUACAGUACUCAUGACAGUGGUAUAUUGCUAAAAUGCUCCGCAUGGAGUGGAGAAAGUAAAAACGGUACUGGCAAGCAAGAAACUAUAACCGAAUAUCCAAAGCAUUUAGAGAUGCAGUGUAAAUGGCAGAGGUAAAAAUGGCAAUUUUUACCUCUGCCAUUUUUACCUCUGCCAUUAUUACCUCUGCCAUUUUUACUUCUGCCAUUUUUUACCUCUGCCAUUUUCACCUCUGCCAUUUUUACCUCUGCCAUUAUUACCUCUGCCAUUUUUACCUGGCACCAGAUGCGGUAUAGGCCUAUAUUCAUAUCUUAAUUAGAUCGUUUUAAACUAUGUGACGUUAGGUACUUUUGAAAUUAUUGAAUCAAAUUUAAAUUGUUAAACUCUACAUAGGCAUGCAAGUAUUUUCAACAACAAAUGCAAAUAUGUAUACGGUAUACACGUAUUUGUAAACAGUAAAAAACAAACAAACAAACAUGAA